AUGCUUCACGACGAGGACACCGAGCUGGACGACGACACUCACCUCUGCAUAAAGUGUGGCUCCACCGUGGAGGGAAUUGAGAAUUACAUCAAGCACCGUAAAGUGAACUGCAGCAACCAGACGCAGCAGCAACCAAAGUCCGCGGUGGUGCCGUCGGUCACAAGCGGACGCCCGGAACCGGGGCCCGGAGCGAACCUGGAACCCGGAGCGCCGGCAGGAGCGGAGGGACUACGCGUGACGACAGAGCCGGCGUCGUCCUAUGGGACGUUUGACUUCAGCGAAGCGAUCAAGGAACCGGACCACCACAAGAAAGUGCCCCGUAGUGCCUAUGACUAUCAUAACUACGAGCCGCAGCCACAUCACCAUCAUCAUCACGGACCCGACGAGGACCACCACCAACAGCAGCAGCAGCAGCAACAGCAGGAUGAGCCGGAACACCCCGGAACCGGGGCUGACGGUAAAUCGGCCGACUACAAGAACGAGGUGAAUUACGAGUACGAGCUGGGAGCGGAUCUGUUCUUUUCGUCGCUCGAGCUGCAGAGCAGCAGCAAGAAGUCGGAGAGAGCGCCCGGCAACGCGACCGGCUCGAAACGGCAAGUGCGGCUUCGCAAGCCGCAGCAGCAGCAGCAACUACCAGACGACUGGCUGGCGACAUCGGCCAGCUCGUCCGAUAAGCUUAUGAAAGCUGUCAGCGAUAUCAGCGGACACAAGAAGCCGAUGGACCUGUAUCCGAUAUUCCAUCAGGAAUCGCCUGAACCGCCGACGGACGAGGACGAAGCAGUGAGCGAAGAGGAGGACGACGACGAUGAGGAUGCGCCGCCCCGGACUCACACCGGUGGCAAGUGGAAGCCAGAGAACCGGCCGUCGGGGAACCUGCUGCAACGGAGCGCCCACCACUGGCGUCAGCAGUGGCUACCUCCGGAACCCGACGAACCGGAGACGACGAGCUGCAAAAGCUUCUCGCCACCACCGCCCGGCCACACCAAGGGCAAGUGGGUGCCGGGUUCGAAGCAGACGCCGCGGCUCGAGGACAAACCGCGGUCCCAGGUCGGCCAGUACGAAGACCAAUGCUGCUGGUGCAGUAUCUGCAACCGGCGGCUGGCGUCGCGCGCGGUGUACGAGCGGCACCUCAAGAGCCAGCUGCAUCUCAAGCGGGCCCAGGAGGAAUCGGAACUGGAACGGACCGCCGUCCGGCCGGUCGAACUGUCGAAGCAGCUCGAGGAGUCACGCCAGGAGUCGAGUUCCCAGGCGCAACCCCUGGACCAAUUACCGCGACGGAUUCCGGAUGGUGCGCCGGCGAAGCGAAAGCGCAAGUGUUACUACACCAAGUGUGGCGUCUGCAAGACCCGGCUCCCGACACACCUGCUCGGGAAGCACCUGAUCUCGCGGUACCACUACCGCCGGAUGCAGAACCACCCGCAGCAAUGCUGGGAGCUGGUGCUGCGGAACAUGCACCGCAUCGUGCUGCAGUCUCCGUUCCAGUGUCAACCGUGCCGGUUCUACGCCAACACGGAGCCCCACUUUAUGCGCCACUGGAUGUCGGACGAGCACCGGGGAACCGUGGGAGCGCCCGACGGUGGCGGCGGCAAGUUCUGGUGUAGUUUCUGCAAGUUCGAGUGCGACGGUAACCAGCAGAUGACCGAGCAUCUCCUGGGAGCCGGGCACCGCGAGCUGAUCGCCGUCAUCAACCGGUCCGUUCCGAUCAUCAUCCGGCGGCUGGCCGACAUCCGGUGCGGGUGCUGCGGGCGCCAGUUUCGUUACAACGCCGAGUUACGACGCCACCAGCAACUCUACUGCUCGGCCACCGGACCCGAGCAAGCCGCCCAGGUGUGCACCCGGGUCCAGAACACCUUCGUGUGCGAGCUGUGUGGGGCCUCGUUCCCCGACCGCAUCCGGCUGCUGCAGCACGGCCAAAAGCUGCACCGACUGGCGCACUACUACUGCUCGAUCUGUGAGUGCUCCUUCGGGACGGCCCAGGAGUCGAUGCGCCACCGUCGGACCACGCGCCACAAGACGAUGUCGGUGCGGCGGCACCGACCGGGCCAGUUGACGCCGAAGGGGUGCCCCGUUUGCAAGGAGCAGCUGGCGGACAUUCUAGAGCUGAAGCAACACAUGCACGAAGCGCAUCCGGACGUGAAGUACAGCACAUCAUCGCAGGCCGAAUUUCUGUUUCACGAAAUUUUGCACUCAUCAAAGUUGGAUGACAAAGCAAAGUCGUCACGGCGCGCACCGCCCCCGCCGAAGCUCGUCUGCCCCCUGUGCGGCCGCCCGUUCUCGAAGGCUUCGCUCCGGUGCCACCUGCGUCAGCACACCAACGAGCGGCUCUUCCCGUGCCCGCACUGCCCGAUGGCGUUCACGCGCAAAACCAACCUCAAAAGUCACACCGAUAACAUUCACCGCCACCUCCACCACCACCACCGGAAGCCACCCAUCGAGCCCACCGAUCCUGGUGGGGGCCCGGCGACGCGGCACAUUUGUACCACUUGCGGAAAAACGUUCGCCAAUCGCCACGCACUUCGCCACGAGGACACGGACAAGAAGUACAAGUGCGAUCAGUGUGAGUUUGCCUGCCGCCUUCCUGGGUCUCUGAAACGGCACCUUCUGGUGCACUCGGGGCAAAAACCGUUCUCCUGUCCACACUGCGACUACUCCUGCAACGCCAUCGAAAACCUGCGCAAGCAUGUCAUUUCGACGGCGAGACAUCUGGGACGGUUUCUCUACGAAUGCAAAAUCUGUGCGCCCGAAGCUGCCGAAGGCUCGUAUGGAACCAACUUUCAGAAGGAGUAUAAAACGCAUCUUCAAGAGUGUCACAAAAUGGUGCCCGAGCAAGUGGACGAAAUGGUCAAGUUGUGA